AUGGAUGUGGCUCGAGUGUUGCGCAUGAAUGGAGGAACUGGAGAAACAAGCUAUGCUAAUAAUUCCUUAAUACAGCAAAAGUCGAUUACCUUAACUAAACCUAUAAGAGAGGAAGCAAUAACUUGCUUCUACAAAGAAAGACUCCCACGAACCCUAGCAAUUGCUGAUUUGGGCUGUUCUUCAGGACCAAACGCUUUGUUUGUGACUGGUGAAUUGAUCCAAAAUGUGGAGAAGCUACGUAGAGACCUAAACCAUGAAUCUCCAGAAUACAUCAUCUUCUUGAAUGACCUCCCAGCCAACGAUUUUAACAACAUCUUCAAGUCUCUUGAAUGCUUCAAGCAAAACCUAAGCAGGCGAGUGAUAGGCGGGAUUGAUCAAUGCUACAUCACUGGGGUUCCAGGUUCUUUUUAUGGCAGAAUUCUUCCUACUAAUUCAUUGGAUUUUGUUCAUUCCUCCAACAGUCUUCAUUGGAUAUCUCAAGUACCGAAGCAUGUAGAGAACAAUAAGGGCAAUAUUUACAUUGCAAGCACGAGCCCUUUAGAUGUCCGAAAGGCAUACUACGACCAAUUUCAAAGAGAUUUCUCUUCGUUUCUCAAGUGUCGUGCUCAAGAACUUGUUGAAGGGGGUCGUAUGGUUCUUACUCUCGCAGGAAGAAGCAAUGAUUACCCAUCAAGCCAUGAAUCUAAGUACAUUUGGGAGCUUUUAUCUAAGGCACUCAACGACAUGGUUUUGGAGGGAAUCAUAAAGGAAGAUGAGGUAGAUUCAUUCAACCUUCCUCUCUACUGUCCAUCUCCAUCUGAAUUGGUGCUAGAGAUUGAAAAAGAAGGCUCAUUCACUUUGAAUCUCUUGGAAGCAUUUGAAGUAAGUUGGAAGGAUGCAUGUGGUGAUGAAGAUCUCAAUGAUAAUAACAGUGGAUUCAAAGUUGCACAGUUUAUAAGAGCUGCAACGGAACCUUUAUUUGUGAGCCACUUCGGAGAGGCCAUUACUGAUGAUCUUUUUCAUCGUUAUCAAAAUAUAAUAGCUGAUCGUAUGGCUAAGGAAAACAAUGUGUUAGUUUUUCUCACCAUGUCUUUGACCAAAACAACUUGA